GGCCUCCCUGUUCUUGCUUUUGACAACCCGACUGAAAGAAAUAGUUUUCAGUGCCGAAAAUGUACAGAUUUACGAACCAUUUAACAAAUCCUAAUUUAGUUUUGGUUAGGAAACAAAUAGGCGACGGAUCAUGUGCUGCAUUGAUUGUAAUGAGGUCGCCACGUCGGCAAUACGCGCAACAAGAUCGGUGCCCUCCAAAUGAAAAAAAACCAAAAUCAAGGAAACUGUUUUGGGGGACAGUUGGUGCGACCGUGUUAACUGGUGCGGCUGUUGUAUAUGCUAAAUCAAGUCCUGAUGCUCGAAACUGGCUCGAGUCCAAUGCCCCCUGGGCAAAUGACUUUGUGGCCCUAGUGUACCAGGAGAACACAACUUAUUGGAAAUUCUCUAUCAACCAGCUAAGCAAAGCAUCAAAUUAUGUUUCAAACUUCUUAUUUGGAAAGGAAGGGGUGUCUCCACUCGACGUCAAAAAGAGGUCCAAGCAAGAUAUAGAAAAAGAUGCUGCCAAGGACUUUGCUAGCAAAACAUAUGAACUACCACCACCGCAACUCCAACCAUUGUAUGUUGAAGAGAAGAAGUUGGAAACUCCAGAAGUGGAAACACCAGCUACAUUAGUACAGACGGAGAAGUGUGACCCACAAUCUCCGCCUGUCAUAAGGAUAACCAAAGACAUGGUAGAGUUGGAACAGGAUAUGCACGUGAACACAAAAAUAGCCAUAGAUAACUACAAGAAGGCCUUACAGCAUUGCGCAGACUAUAACAAAGCACUGUAUAAGGUUGUGGAGUCCUCGCUGGGCGAUUUGGAUAAGAAACAUUUCACAGCCUUGCAAGGAGCGAGGACUGAACGCGACAACAUCCUUGCGAAGGCCAAGGAUGCGUCUGCUAAGGCUAAAUGUGCUAUCGAAACUCUUGACCGCAUGAUAAAAGCGGGCGUGCAAGCACCCCCCGAGAGCAUCGCUGCCACCAACAGGUAUAUCAAGCAGUUCAGAGCGGACCUCAGCAAUGUGGAGCACGAGUACAAAGACUGUGUGGAGAAGUCCGUGCUCAGUGACAGGUAUUGGAAUAAGGUGGACCAAGCCCGUAAAGCUUACAAGGAAGAGCUGCAAAUGUUGUUCCCAGGAGUGGACCUCAGCACUCGCCAGUUGGAGAUCAAGGGAGACACCGACCUUCUGCUUAUGUACACUUUGAAACAGAUCCAAUAUUUACAAAACGAAAUCGCAGAGCUGCAAACAAUAAGGGAAUUGAAAAUAAACAGAGCUAUCGAAUGUCACGACGAGAAAGCUAUAAUCGAAGCAAAAGUGGAAGAUAUGAUCAAGAGGGAGAGGUUAGAAAAGGAAAGAGAAUAUCAAAUCAAGAGUUUGGAGGUGCAAGCAGAGGCGAACAGAAAACUAAAAGAGCAGUUAAAGAAACAGUUUGAAAUACAGCAAGAAGUUUUACAAGAAAGACUCGCUAGAAAGGAAAAAGAGGUGCUCGGCAAGUUCAGCCGUUCAGUAUCUGAACAAGUGGAAAAAGAGCGAGUCACCUUCAAGAAGGAACUAGCCGCGAUGGCGGGAAAACUGCAAGCGAUAGAACAUACACUCAAACAAAGGGCGAAAGCGGAGGCGGAAGCACGUCGCUCCCAAUCCCUAUGGGCAGCCGCCGAAGCCCUACACGCCGCUACAAGAAGGAACUGUACAGAGACCAAACUGGACAACGAGAUUAAGGCUCUGGAAACAGCUGGAAAAGACGACAAGUUAGUGCAAACCGUGCUAAAAGGUAUCACUUCUGAGGUACGCGAGAAAGGCAUAGUAACGGAGAAGACGCUAAGGGAUAAAUUUGAUACGCUGGAGAAAUCAGCAGCAAAAGUGGCUUUGAUCGGACGCGAUGGUGCUACACUUCCCGUAUACUUCCUAUCGUGGCUUCAAUCCAAACUGCUCUUCCAAAAGUUCGCGGAAAUCCCCAAGGAUGAGCUUGACAACCUGCCGAUAGACUUCUCCAAGUUGGACACUUUUGAUAUUAUUCAACGAGCUAGAUACCACAUGGACCACGGCAACUUAUCAACAGCUUUACGUUACGUGAACCUCCUUCAAGGCGCACCCAGGGCUGUAGCAAAACCUUGGUCGGAUGCAGCUCGGCGCCAUCUUGAAAUUAAACAGGCCGCCGAAGCCGUAAUGGCGCACGCUUCCGUCUCCGGUCUAUUGUACCUCUAGUCUGACAAUUCCGGAAAUUGGAAUCGGGUAUUUAUUUAAGAAACUUCAAAAGACGUGAGUGUAAUAAUUUAUCGCUUAUUUAUUUUUGAACGGAAAUGGCAGAUGGAGUUUAAAUUAAAAAAGAGUAAACGUUCACUGGAACAUCCAAAAUUGUUGUUUUAAUUCACCGUAAAACCUAGACCGUAUUUAUAAACUGUGUAUUUUAAAGGAUAAA